AACGAAGGAACAAUUUUGUGAGACAAAUAAAAGGCAACACACAGAGCUCACAAAGUUCUCCCAAACACUUCAAAACAAAACGAAUCCCACAUGGGUUCUUUGCCUUCUGAAACUUUGGCCCUCGAAAUGACAGAGACCCAUCUUAAUGUCGGAGACAGCCGCGCCGGCGCCGGCGCCGGAGCAGAGACCGCUCAAUGGCUGCUCAAUUCUCCCGACCCUCCAACUCUGUGGGAAGAAAUUGUCGGCGCCGUCAAAGAGAAUGCCAUUCCCCGCAGUUGCACAGAGGCCCCCACGGCGAAGAAGAAGAAGAAGAAAAGCACUUCUUCAAGCUCUGGAAAACAGAACAUUUUCAAAACCGCAGUUUCCCUUCUGCAGAAAGCGCUUCCAAUCCUCAGCUUGAGCAGAAAUUACAAAGCUUCCAAGUUCAGAAACGACCUCAUGGCUGGUUUAUUGGGUAUGCUAAUUUGGCAAAGCUUGAUCCUCAGUUCGGUCUAUACACAAGUGCUGUUCCUCCUCUAAUCUAUGCAUUAAUGGGGAGCUCGAGAGAGAUAGCCAUUGGCCCAGUGGCUGUGGUUUCUCUGCUUCUGUCGUCCAUGCUUCAAGAAAUUCAAGAUCCUGUUUCAGACCCAGUUGCCUACAGAAGGCUUGUUUUCACUGUUACUUUCUUUGCAGGAACUUUCCAAGCUGCAUUUGGACUAUUGAGGUUGGGUUUUCUUGUGGAUUUUCUCUCUCAUGCUGCCAUUGUUGGGUUCAUGGCUGGCGCAGCCAUUCUCAUUGGUCUUCAGCAAAUGAAAGGUCUACUGGCCAUCAGCAACUUCACAACAAAAACUGAUUUGGUCUCGGUUUUGGAAUCUGUUGUGAAAUCUGUUCACCAGCCUUGGUACCCUUUGAACAUUGUCCUUGGCUGCUCAUUCCUGAUCUUUCUCCUUGUAGCCAGGUUCAUUGGCAGAAGGAAGAAGAAGCUGUUCUGGGUGUCAGCCAUUGCUCCUCUCAUAUCUGUUAUUCUCUCCACUUUGAUAGUGUUUCUAUCAAGAGCUGACAAACAUGGAGUUAAGAUUGUGAAGCAAGUUAAAGAAGGCCUAAACCCAAUCUCCAUUCAUCAGCUGCAAUUCAACAGCCCAACUGUUGGAAUAGCUGCCAAAGUUGGCCUCAUUGCUUCCAUUAUUGCUCUCACAGAAGCCUUAGCGGUCGGCCGAUCCUUCGCGUCGAUUAAAGGCUACAACCUUGAUGGGAACAAGGAGAUGAUUGCUAUGGGCCUCAUGAACAUAACAGGCUCUCUAACCUCUUGCUACCUGGCCACUGGGUCAUUCUCAAGAACAGCAGUGAAUUUUAGUGCCGGAUGUGAGAGUGUGAUGUCAAAUAUUGUGAUGGCAGUAACAGUGAUGGUGAUGCUGCAGUUCUUCACGCGGUUCCUCUACUUCACUCCAAUGGCCAUAUUGGCUUCAAUCAUUCUCUCUGCACUGCCUGGCCUCAUUGACAUUAAUGAAGCUCUCCACAUCUGGAAGGUUGACAAGCUUGAUUUUCUAGCCUGCCUUGGCGCCUUCCUUGGUGUCUUGUUUCAUUCAGUGGAAUUUGGUCUCAUUGUGGCGGUGGGAAUUUCAUUUGCAAAGAUAUUGUUGAUCUCAAUCCGACCAGCCACAGAAGAGGUGGGAAGGCUGCCAAGAAGUGACAUAUUUUGCAACAUGAAGCAAUUCCCAAUGGCCAUGAAAACUCAAGGAAUCUCCAUUAUCAGAAUAAACUCUGGCUUGCUUUGUUUUGCCAAUGCCAGUUUCAUCAAAGAGAGGAUAAUGAGAUUGGUAGAAGCAGAUCAAGAUAAUGAUGAUGAUGUUGAAGAAACAACAAAAGAGCAACCAAAACAAGUAGUUGUUGACAUGUGCAAUGUUAUGAAUAUCGACACAUCAGGAAUCAUUGCUUUAGAGGAACUUCACAAAAAAUUAUUAUUGAACGACAUACGACUAACAAUAGCAUGUCCAAAAUGGGAAGUGAUUCACAAACUAAAAAAAACCAACUUUGUGGAAAGAAUUGAAGGAAGGAUCUUCCUAUCAGUUGGUGAAGCUGUGGAUUCAUGCCUUGAAAAUGCAUCCAAAUUGCCUUCUCUAGUUACCAAAGUCAUUGUGAAUUGAGAGAUCAUGUUUCCAAGUUUAACAAAACUUCACACUUUUGAUCACAAGUGAUUUGGUCUCAAUAUGUAUAUAUAUAUAUAUAUAUACACAUAUAAAUAUUUGAGUAUUAUAUAUAUACUCGAAUACGACACUAGAAAUAUAUCAAUGAUAUGUAUUAGCUUCUUUUCCA